CAAAACCGUCAUUCUAUCCCUCUGUCUGAAAGCAACAACUGAAGUAAAAGAGUUUCAAUUUACACUUGAAGCUCAGUCUGCUCAAAUCUUCAAUUUAAUUAUCACCAUUAUUACCAAAUUAAACAUCAAAAUUUACACAAAUUAAAUCAUACCCUUCUCUUAUAAUCUCUUAAUUUACACAAUGAUGCCCCUCUCCCACCAAUUCUUGCUUUUCUUUGCUUCUACUCACUAAUUCUUUUUUCUUCAAGAACAUAAUAAAGUUCUGAUCUUUCACUCUGUUUUUAGGAGUUUUUUUCUUGGAAAAGUAUUACCAAUUAUAGAAGGAGCUGAAAUGGAAACUGGGUCCAGCUCAAAUUCUGCAAAUAAGAAGGAGAAGCAGCAAAAACAGGGAGAUAAUAAUAGUAGUAGAAAUAAUAGGAUAAAAUCGAAGCUAAGCUCUAUGUUGCCAAAGAUUGAGCCGUUUGUGCCCAGAACAGAUCAUCUUAAUCCAAGGGAGUUGAGAUCUUGGGCUAAAAGAACUGGUUUUGUCUCUACUUUUUCAAGUGAAACUGCUAAAACUAACAGUGGGAAGUUUGAUAGUAGUGGUGAACAUCAUAACAAUGGUGGGUCUUCUCCUAAGAUUGAGAUUGACCCGGUUUUGGGUCGGACUAGGCCUUCUAGAGGGUUAGAGAUCGAACCGGAGCCGGGUGCUGGGGGUAGACCAGGUAAUGGGUUAAGGAGAGUUGAGGAUCAGUCUGUUUUGAGAGUUAAAGGAGAUGAAAGGAAAGUGGAGGUAGAUGGAAAUGGAGUUAGAGUUGGUAAUGGGAGUGGGAAUGGAAUCAAGAAUGGAAAUGAAAACCAAAACCAAAACCAAAACCCAGUAGUUGGUCCUGGUUUAGAGGCAAAGAAAGAGGAAGAAAAUGGUGGAAAUGAGAUUGGAAUUGAGAUGUAUCCUGGUGGAGAUGAAACUGAUGAUGGAGGGUGGCAUAGACAGAGUGGAAUGAGAAUUGGUUUGAGGGAUAAUCCUGGUUUUGUACCACUUAUUUACUAUGGUCUGCAACACUAUUUAUCAUUGGCUGGCUCGCUGAUUUUCAUCCCCUUGAUCAUUGUACCGGCCAUGGGAGGAACAGAUAUAGACACUUCUACGGUGAUUUCAACGAUGCUGCUGAUCUCCGGCAUAACAACAAUAUUACAUUCUUAUUUUGGUACGAGACUUCCGCUAGUUCAAGGUAGUUCAUUUGUGUUUUUGGCACCAGCAUUAGUUAUCAUGAAUGCACGGGAAUAUCGGAAUCUCUCGGAACAUAAAUUCAGACACAUAAUGAGAGAGCUCCAGGGAGCUAUAAUUGUUGGUUCAAUAUUUCAAAGCAUAUUGGGUUUUACUGGUUUAAUGUCUCUUCUUAUAAGAUUGAUUAAUCCAGUUGUGGUUGCACCAACUGUUGCUGCAGUAGGUCUAGCAUUUUUCAGCUAUGGUUUUCCGCAAGCUGGUAGUUGUGUGGAAAUUAGCAUACCUCUGAUACUAUUGGUUCUUAUAUUUUCUCUGUAUCUCCGUGGAAUAUCUAUCUUUGGACACCGCAUUUUCAGAGUUUAUGCAGUCCCUCUGAGUGUUAUAUUUAUAUGGACGUAUGCAUUUUUUCUGACAGCCGGUGGAGCGUAUAAUUACAAAGGAUGCAGCCCUGACGUACCGAGUUCAAAUAUUUUGCUCGACUCUUGUAGAAAGCAUGCAUAUACCAUGCAGCGUUGCCGGACUGAUGUUUCUAAUGCAUGGAGAACUGCUGCCUGGGUCAGAAUUCCGUACCCUUUACAAUGGGGCAUUCCGGUCUUCCAUCUAAGGACAUCCUUGAUCAUGAUUAUAGUAUCACUGGUUGCGUCAGUGGAUUCGGUUGGAACGUAUCACUCAACAUCCUUGCUAAUUAACUCAAAGCCUCCGACCCCUGGAAUUGUCAGCAGAGGAAUUGCAUUAGAGGGCUUCUGCAGCAUAUUGGCUGGACUUUGGGGUUCAGGCACCGGUUCAACCACUUUGACGGAAAACGUCCAUACCAUCAAUUCAACCAAAGUGGCUAGUCAGAGAGCUGUUGUUAUUGGAGCAGUUUUCUUGAUCCUGUUCUCAUUUGUAGGAAAAGUGGGUGCAAUUCUUGCUUCAAUACCACUAGCAUUAGCUGCUGCCGUACUUUGCUUCAUGUGGGGCCUUAUUGCAGCAUUAGGUCUCUCCACUUUGCAGUACAGUCAAACUGCGAGCUUUAGAAAUAUCGCGAUAGUAGGCGUUUCUUUGUUCCUUGGUUUGUCGAUUCCCGCCUAUUUCCAGCAGUAUCAACCUGAAUCCAGCUUAAUAUUACCAAGCUAUUUCGUUCCCUAUGCAGCAGCAUCAAAUGGACCAGUCCACACCAGCAGCGACCAGUUUGAUUUUGCGAUAAAUGCACUCAUGUCCUUGAACAUGGUGGUGACAUUCCUGGUAGCAUUUGUGCUCGAUAACACAGUUCCCGGUACCCGACAAGAACGCGGGGUGUAUAUAUGGUCACAUCCUGAAGAUUUGGCUACUGAUCCGUCUUUACAUGCUGAUUAUUCCCUUCCCGAAAAAGUUUGCCGGUUUUUCUGUUGUUCUAGAUGCUUGUAUACAUAAUUGUUCAGAAGAAUGUUCAAUUGCAUUACCUUUAGCAGAUCACAACCCCAGCAUAUGCUCUUGAGUAGUUUGUGAAGUUCUUCUUAGGUCAGUUCCGGUUGGGUCGGGUCGGGUCGAGACGGAAAUAUUUGCUUAGAUUGGGACUAUGAAGAUUGAAGAUAAUGUAGCUCACAGAAAGUAUAGCUAUUGUAAUCUAUAGAUUUUAAGAAACUUCAUAUAUCACUUAAUUAAUGACAUUUUAUUUUGUAUUAUAAAUAAUUAUCAUAGUUGUAUUCA